AUGCUGCACCAGGGUACGCGAGAACGGGAGAUUAUUGAGCUAAUCCUACGUACCGGACUAGCUCCGAAGAUACUACGCCGAAAACAAAUGGUAUUGCUGCCGAAAACGCCGAAUGUGGACCCAACAUUAGAUGUGUCUAAGGGUUUACCACCACGGCGGCCGAUCACGUUCGUCGAUGGUGGCAUACCACGCAGUCUUCUGCAACACGGAUUCCGGUCGGACAGGUCUGUCAUAGACGCCGCACUAAUGACAACGCUGCUAAUUGAACGAGCAAAGGUGUUGAAGGAGCUACUCCUACUAGUAUCUAAAGAUUGUCUCAAGUGCUAUGACCGUAUCCCCGCGUGGGUUAUAGAGCUCAUAUAUCUCGGACUAGGAGUUCCGGACACCGUGAAAAAACUGAUGAUUGAUCUACUGGGACCAGGUGAAAUUGAAGUGAGAGCAUCGUUCGGAUGGAUUGCCACAGGGGAGCGUGAAUUCGGCAUUGAGCAGCUCGAGAAAUGCGUAGACCCUGUCGUCAUCAGACAUAGUCAGAAAGGCCACGGGAUUAACAUUGCCAGCACCAUGUUUGUGGACGAUCAACUGGACGUGACAGCAUCAUAUAAUGGACGGGUGGAUCGUGCGAGGGUCACCAAUAUGUUUACUGGUAAAUUUGCCACAGGAGGUCCACGGAGCAUUACCCAGCAGUGCACAUAA